ACUGCAGUCUAAACUCAAUUUGAAACCUUAACGCGAAGCAAAGGAAGCUAGCUGUAUUUUUGCACAUCUGCAUUCAAAAUAUAUUUUAUAAUUAAUGAUAACGGUAAGACUUCUGCUUUACCGUGUUCCAUUUUGGUAAAUGCACCUAGUCAUUUUUAAUCGUCAUUACAGGAAAAAAAAGUGUUAGAUAAUCAGUGCAAUUGCAUAUCGUAUGCCAUCACGCGAUAUCUGAAUUAAUGACACACGAGGAAUUAAGGAAUGAAUCAGAAUUAAUGAAACGGACGACAAUUGCUUAUUAACGUUAGGGUGUUCUUUGCAAUCAAAACUGCUCCCCGUUAGUUUCUAGCGCCGAUGAUUUAGGGGAAAGAGUUCGUUGUGAAGUAAUUGGAGAUUUCAUUAAGAAAAUCUGGCUUCUGGUUCUCCAAGCCUCAACGUGAAUCGAUUCAACCAAAGAAUUGUUUCCUAAUGUUUUAGUGGUGCAUCUAAACCCGGGUCAUAGCUGCUGUCCUUGGAUAAAGAGUUUAGUUUCCUUUCCCCUUGUCCUGUUAUCUUUCCUUCAGCUCCCACCCUGGAAUGAAUGAAUCUGUUCAUCCCUGUUCAUCCCACGAAUCCCUGUUCCCCGGGAGCAUGUCUCCUCGACAACCAGGAAUGCAGUAGAGUCGGGGCGAGAGUGCUAGGGGCGGAAUGGACCGUGGGGUGGGGGGAAUACGGGGCAAAAUCUGUCCACGAAUUGGUCUGCAAAAUCAUUGCCCGCUACCCGUGGCAUAACACGGCAACGUCUCCAUUUUUUUACGUAUGCACCUCAGAUCAGUAAUGUUUCCUCCAUAAUUAUCGGUAGAUCUAAUCGGCAUUCUUUCUCUCUCUCCCCCCCCUCCCUCCCCCCUCUUCUCUCCCCUGCCCUCUACUCACCGCCACCUCCAUCCCCUGACAUGCAGCAGGUAGUGGAAGUGGUGGCGCGGGAUAGUUUGUGCUGAGACCGCUGUCACAUUUAAGAUGCAUUUGAUUCAUCGCGGCAUAGCUGCCAAAAAGGCAAAGACCUGGGCAAGUGGAUGGUGCUGAUACGAGAGCAAGUGUCCUUCAGUGCCGGCUGGCAGGCGGGACGGGGGACACUCUAUAAUCACGAGUGUGUGUGUGCGUGUGUGUCUUUUCACGGCUGCGAUCUCUCGCCAGGACAAGGCAAUUGGCGACGGGAACUGGGAGAAACAUAAAGAAUGGCAUGCAAAGAUGGUUUCUGCCAAGCAGACUGUGAUCAAGAUGUUCUCCAGAUACAUCUCCACUCUGUUGUACUUUAUCUGUGUGACAACGUGGAUAGGACAGACCGCUGGAGAGAUCAAAAAGGAUGAGAAAUUGUAUCCAGAAAAUUUUACUCGGAUCCUGGACAGUCUCUUGGAUGGUUAUGACAACAGACUGCGCCCUGGAUUUGGUGGAACUGUUACAGAAGUCAAAACAGAUAUCUACGUUACAAGCUUUGGGCCCGUGUCUGAUGUUGAGAUGGAGUAUACAAUGGAUGUAUUUUUCCGCCAAACUUGGGUCGACAACAGGCUGAAGUAUGACGGCCCCACUAAAAUACUUCGUCUCAAUAACCUGAUGGUCACCAAAGUCUGGACGCCAGAUACCUUCUUUCGGAACGGGAAGAAAUCAAUUUCCCACAACAUGACAGCUCCAAACAAACUGUUCCGUAUUAUGCAGAAUGGCACGAUUCUAUACACUAUGAGGCUCACUAUAAAUGCAGAGUGCCCUAUGAAGCUGGUUGAUUUCCCCAUGGAUGGCCAUGCUUGUCCGCUUAAAUUUGGAAGCUAUGCUUAUCCUAGGAGUGAGAUGAUAUACACUUGGACAAAAGGACCUGCCGAAUCGGUGGAGGUACCUAAAGAGUCAUCUAGCCUGGUUCAAUAUGAUCUUGUGGGGCAAACAGUUUCUAGUGGAAUUAUCAAAUCCAUUACAGGAGAAUAUGUGGUGAUGGCAGUCUACUUUCACUUGAGAAGAAAAAUGGGUUAUUUUAUGAUCCAGACAUACAUACCCUGCAUUAUGACGGUCAUUCUCUCUCAAGUGUCUUUUUGGAUUAAUAAGGAAUCAGUUCCAGCACGAACAGUGUUUGGUAUAACAACAGUUCUAACCAUGACAACACUGAGCAUCAGUGCCCGACACUCCUUGCCAAAGGUUUCAUAUGCCACAGCCAUGGACUGGUUCAUUGCAGUUUGCUUUGCCUUUGUGUUCUCUGCUCUGAUUGAAUUUGCAGCCGUCAACUACUUCACCAACAUACAAGCUGAGAAAGCCCAAAAAAGGGCAGGCAAGCAUUCAGGCCUAUCUCCACCUUCCCUGAUAAAAACAGUCUCUGUCUCAGAGAAUGCUCUUCAGCAACCUGAUUCAAAUGGCAAUUUAAGGAAAAGAAUGAACUUCUUGGCGCAAUCAGACAUUCUGAGCAGUAAGCGAGAUUACCUGGGGAAUGAUAGCAGCAUGAACGUGAAACUGAAACCUACUAUAAUUGGACAGGUACCGCUGUCAUGUAUUCCACCUUCCUCUUCUAUGCCAAGUCCCAGUAUAUUUAGAGCCACCCAUACAUCCCCUACUAUACUUUCAAUGAGAAGCACUCCACCACCACCUCCUUGUACCCCUACAAUCGCUUCAAUGAGACCAACUCCUGUUCAUCGCCAAUGUGGAGCAACGCUUGAACAGAGCCUGCCUGCGUCAAGAGUAUUUGGAUCAGUCCCAAAGCAUUCGCCACCCACCACCAUCCCCACCACUAUGGCUGCCCCAGCCCCUCCUCCAGCUUCAGCUGCAAGUGCUGGAACCAGCAAAAUUGACAAGUAUGCUCGUAUACUUUUUCCAGUAACAUUUGGUGCAUUUAACAUGGUUUAUUGGGUGGUCUACCUCUCAAAAGACACCAUGGAGAAAGCAGAAAUUGACUUGUAAUUUUACAGCUACAUAAAAAAAUGUUGGAAAAGUUCAUUAUCCAUAAAAUAAUGCAGGGGUUUCAUUUAAGGCUCAUUAGUCUGAUGUAUGAACAAAAACAUUCUCAGUACUGCUUGGUUUUAAAUGAACAGUGAUCUGUUUCUCUCUCCCCCCCUCUCCCUCUCCCUCUCCCUCUCUCUC